AUGAAGCUCUUCUACAUCAAGGUGGCACCGCUCACCACGACGCUGCUUUCCUUUGUGGAUGAUGGGACCAUUCUAGCCCAAUCCAAACAACUCGAUGAUAAUAAUGUGGGCCUGCGUAAGGCCUACAAAAUUAUCUACCUUCUCUUUGUUGCUUUCGCACUUGUUCUUGAACAUGAUAAGACUGAGCUGUUCCACUUUUCACGUCGACGAGACACCUACAAUCCCUCGCUGGAUUUGGGGUACGCCCCGCAUACUGGCGUUACGCCUUUGAAGCCUAAGACCUAUUGGAGGUACUUGGGCUUCUACUUUGACUGCAGGCUCACCUUCCAUGAGCAUGUCCGCUACUAUGCCACCAAGGCAUUCACUACCAUGCAGGCCAUGCGCAUGCUCGGAAACUCCACCAGAGGUCUCUCCCCUAAACAGCGCUGCCUCUUAUAUAGAUUGUGCGUGGUUCCCAUCGCCACAUACAGUUAUCGUCUCUGGUAUUUCGACGGUGCCCAUAAUAAGGGCGUGAUGAACCAGCUGAAACGGAUGCAGCAAAAAGCUGCUCUAUGGAUCAUGGGUGCGUUCCACACCUCACCCACAGGCGGUCUUGAGGCCCUCGCUGGUCUCAUCCCCGUUCAUCUCAUGCUGAAGAAGCUGGCGACACGCGCAGUGUAUCGCGUCGCUACCCUCUCAGACACUCACCCUCUCCACUCCAUGAUGGGCGAGAGUCUCCUCAAGCGGGCCACACCACAUGCCUGCUCAGCCGCCUUGAUGACCCCAGCUAUGCGAGGGAAAGUCAAGAGCACCGUCAUGGAGGUGGACGAGCGUGUCCACACCUUAACUGAGAGCUUUGAGCCCUUUGCGCCUGAAGCUUGCCCAGGUGAUCAGUUACUAGACCACUAUGCGGACCAUCUCCACUUUGACGAGGCCGAUCCUUUAACAGUACUGGCUGCAACUGAUGGCUCUGUCCCUCAGUCCAACCAGUAUCAGGCGGCUUCGGCUGCCAUCAUCUACAAGGGACAUUGUGAGCUUGAAAGAACUCGCUAUGUCUCUGGCAGGGCUACCGCCCCUGAUGCGGAACUCAAUGCCAUAUCGUGCACAGUGCGCCUGGCCGUCAAGCAGGCAAACUGCCAGCAUUUUAUGGUCUUGACUGACUCUAUGGGCUCUGCCCACAGAGCGGUCGACCCCUCCAUACACUCUGGUCAGGCUUUUAGUCUGUCAGUUUGUCGCGCUCUCCAAGAGUGGUUCGAGGCGGAUGAUCUCCGACACAUCACCUUCGUGUACGUUCCCUCUGCUUUGCGGUGGGAUAUCCAUGGUGAGGCACACAAGUACGUCACCGAACUCAAAGUCAGGGUUGGGCGUUGCAAGACGGACAAUUCUAUAGACACGCUUUGCUCUUGA